AUGACAGUUAAUAACGCUCAUCAGGCAAUUGAGGUAUAUACUCAAGGAACGAAAGCCUGGUUUGAAGAUGUUAGAGAAGCUUGGAUCUCGGCAACCUGCAUCUCCAACACCGUUGCAGAAGGCAAAGUCCGCCUUGUAUUUCAAAGCGACAAUGACGAUGAAAAAGAAUAUGUGUUUGAGACAACUUUGGAAGAGGUGGAGAAAACCGAUGGAUCGAAAUUGCCGCCACUAAGAAACCCGCCUAAAAUGGAAUACACUGAUGAUCUAACAAACCUGAGUUAUUUGAACGAGCCUUCAGUUUUAAACACUAUUCGUACAAGAUAUCUGCAACGGCUAAUUUAUACGUACUCCGGUAUUGUAUUAAUCGCUGUCAAUCCAUUUGAUCGCGUUGCUUUAUACGACCCGGAUAUUGUUCAGCAGUAUUCUGGCAGGAGAAGAGGCGAGCUGGAGCCUCAUUUGUUUGCUAUUGCUGAAGAUGCAUAUCGGUGUAUGAUACGUGAACAGAUGAAUCAAACUAUUGUAGUAUCCGGUGAAUCUGGUGCGGGUAAAACUGUCAGUGCCAAAUACAUUAUGCGUUAUUUUGCAACGGCAGAUGAUCAAGAAGCAGCAGCAGGCCCUGGACGAAGAGAAAAAUCGAAUACUGGAAUGACAGAAGUAGAAGAACAAAUCUUAGCUACCAACCCCAUCAUGGAAGCCUUUGGUAAUGCAAAAACUACACGAAACGACAACUCCUCAAGAUUCGGUAAAUACAUUGAGAUUCAAUUCGACGAUAAUGCCAACAUUGUGGGCGCAAAGAUCAGAACCUAUCUUUUGGAAAGGUCCCGUUUGAUUUUUCAACUUGAAACGGAAAGAAACUACCAUAUCUUCUAUCAGUUAUGUGCUGGUAUACCUUUGUCUGAAAGAAAAGAAUUUGACCUUACGAGUGAUUAUACUCAAUUUCAUUAUCUGAAUCAAAGUGGUACAGGCACGAUUCCGGGAGUAGAUGAUGCUAAUGAAUUUGACAUAACUCAACGUGCUCUUUCCACCAUUGGCUUAUCUGUACAACUCCAAUGGAAGAUCUUUCGACUACUGGCUGCUCUCUUACAUAUCGGUAAUAUCAAAAUCACCGGUCGCGGCGAUGCCAUGCUGUCCGAUACCGAUCCAGCACUUCUGACUUCCACCCGUUUACUCGGCAUUAGCACAAACGAAUUUAGAAAGUGGAUUGUGCGUAAACAAAUUAUCACCAGAUCUGAGAAAAUUGUGACCAAUCUUUCUCCUACCCAAGCUCAGGUGGUCAAAGACUCAGUAGCAAAAUAUAUUUAUGCUAAUUUGUUCGAAUGGCUUGUUUAUGUCAUUAACGAAAGCUUGUCCUGCCCUUCUAAGGAACAAGUGAGCAAUUUCAUCGGUGUGUUGGAUAUUUACGGUUUUGAGCAUUUCAAAAAAAAUUCCUUUGAACAGUUUUGUAUCAAUUAUGCCAAUGAAAAACUUCAACAACAGUUUAAUCAACAUGUAUUUAAAUUAGAACAAGAGGAGUAUGUUAGAGAAAAAAUCAAUUGGACCUUUAUUGAAUUCAGUGAUAAUCAGAAGUGCAUAGAAUUGAUUGAAGGCAAAUUGGGCAUUCUGUCACUUUUGGAUGAGGAAUCACGUUUACCUUCAGGCUCAGACCAAGGCUUCGUGCAAAAACUGUAUUCUAACUUUGAUGGUCCCAACUUCAAACAAUAUUUUAAAAAGCCAAGGUUCUCUAAUAAUGCAUUUACUAUCGCUCAUUAUGCUUUGGAUGUUCAGUAUGAAGCAGAGAACUUCAUUGACAAAAACAAGGAUACUGUUCCUGACGAACAUUUGAGCCUAUUACAGAGCUCUGAAUUCGACUUUUUGGUAGAUGUUUUGGAAAAAGCUGUUGCUAAUAAUCCUACUUCUGCACCUGAAAGCAAUAAGAGAAUGAGCAUGGUAGCUAGGAAGCCUACUCUUGGUUCCAUAUUUAAACUUUCUUUGAUCAAUUUAAUGGACACCAUCGGCAGCACAAAUGUUCAUUAUAUUCGUUGUAUUAAACCUAAUGAAGCAAAGGUUGCUUGGGAGUUCGAUCCCGGUAUGGUUUUAUCUCAGCUACGUGCCUGUGGUGUUUUGGAAACGAUUCGUAUCAGUUGUGCGGGUUAUCCUUCACGUUGGUCAUUCGAAGAGUUUGCGGAUCGCUACUAUGCUCUUGUAUCUUCGCAACAUUGGGACCCCCGAAUAAAAGAAAAGCCAGAUGUGAAAGAGUUGUGUUCUGUAAUAUUAAAAAAGUCUAUCAAGGAUGACGAUAAAUUUCAAGCAGGCACUACAAAAAUAUUCUUCAGAGCUGGCCAGCUAGCAUAUCUGGAAAAACUAAGAUCAGACCGAUAUAAUGAAUGCGCGAUUCUCCUACAAAAGAAUAUGCGACGUUUUAUUUAUCGUACACGCUAUGUACGUACGAAGGAGUUGACCGUUCAACUUCAGUGCCUGGCUCGUAAGAAAGCGGCUCAAAACAAGAUGCAGUUGCUUCGAAAAGAAAAGGCAGCAAUUAUCAUCCAAAAGAAUUGGCGUACUUAUUUAGCACGUCGAGCAUUUCUCUCCAAACUAGCAUUUAUACUCAAACUUCAAACGGCUAUUCGAGCGAAAUUGGGUAGAAGUCAAUAUAUAUCUCUAAGAGAAAAUCAUGCAGCUGUUCAAAUUCAAAGGCUUGCUCGUGGAUGGUUUGCAAGAAAGAAAUACAGUGCCCAACGAAAAUCUAUCAUACAUAUUCAAGCAUGUGUUCGUCGAAUUAUGGCACGUAAACAAUUGUAUGCCUUACGUGCUGAGGCUCGGUCCGUGAAUCACUUCAAAGAGGUUUCUUACGCUCUCGAAAAUAAGGUUGUUGAACUGACGCAAACUCUUACGGCUGUCAGAGAGGAAAAAAAAGUGGCCACUGAUCGCGCAGUCCAAUUGGAAGCUCAAAUUCGCACUUGGCAGGAGAAAUAUGAAAAAGCGGAACGACGUGCCAAACAGCUUGAUGAGCAGUUGCAACUUCCUACUGUACCCAAGGAAGAAUAUGAUACAAUUCAAAAAGAAUUGUCACGCAUUACAAGCGAACACCGCACAAUGUGUGAGAUGUUUAAGCAACAAGAGAAUGAGCGGACUACUUUGAGAGCACAACUCGAGGCUGAAAAAGCUGAGAAAGAAAGGAUAAAUAAAGAAUUACAAGAGGCAAAUGAGCGAGCUGAAAAGCAGGCUGCUGAUGAGUUAGAGAUAUCGGAAUUACGCAGCCAAAUCACGGCCCUUAAAACUCAAUUAUCACAAGCCUUAAAUGCUCCUCGUCGACAGAAUUCAACUAAUAAUGUAAAUGGUUUACGAGGUCUUUCACCAGCGCCGAACAGUAUGCGAGAUUUUUCUCCUUCUCCCAACCGUAACGUUUUAGACUCGACAGAAUCACGUCAUAAAAGUAGAUCACCCAUUCCGAGUAACAGCAAUAAGGGAACAAUCAAUAAUGCUACACCGAUAUCCACGCCACCUCUGGCCACUGUCUCUCAUAAACUUCGUCGUAACAGUUCAAGCGACAUGGUCAACGACAAUCGUCUCAAAACGUCGUUGGAUACCAUUCGACAGGCUGAAAAUUUUGGUAAAAAUCCUCGUCCUACAUCGAUCGAUCAUAUUGGUGCUCUUUUGGGCGCUGCGUCGAAAACAGCUGCAGCAGCAUCAGGUGCGGGAGGCUUGGUUUUUCCUGGUUUGGAUGAUGAAACGAAUCCCGUGGAGGAGAUUCAUGCCCUUCUCCGUCAAACAGAUGCCUUGGAAGAAGAAAUUCUUCAAGGUUUGAUUCGUACGGUUAGGAUGCCUCUGCCCGCUUUACAAAAUCCUCCCUCUCACAAAGAAAUAAUGUUCCCAGCACAUGCGAUCGGUGUGUGCGUUCAUGAAAUGUGGCGUUUGGGUUAUGUAGGCGAAUCAGAACGUUUACUAUUCAAUAUCAUGGAUACAAUUCAAAAGCAACUCUUGGCUUUUAAUGAUGAAGAUGCGGUGGUCCCUUGUACUUUCUGGUUAACUAAUGUGCAUGAGUUAGUAUCACUGAUAUGCACUUCUCAUACAGAGAUUGACAAACAACUAUAUCAGACUCAGCAAAGUAAGGCAGCCGCAGCAGUUCAUAGACAGGACUUUAAUAAGUUGGUAGAAACGAUCAAGUUUGAGAUGCAAUGCUUGGAAGAUAAUAUUUAUCAUGCAUGGAUGAAAGAGAUUAAAAAGCAUUUGAGUAAGAUGAUUAUAUCCGCUGUUGUGGAAGGACAAUCGCUUCCUGGUUUUGUCACCAACGAAGGAACUAGAUUCUUUAACAAGCUGCUGAUUGGAUCCUCUCAACCUCAUCAUUUUUAUCUGAUAGCCAUGCAAAUUCAGUACAAUAUCACACGUAUAGAAGAAUGGUGCAAAAGUCAUAAUAUUCCUGAAGGUUCCCUUCAGUUAGAACAUUUGAUGCAAGCAACUAAACUACUUCAAUUUAAAAAAGCUACUCCCGAGGAUAUUGAGAAUAUUUACGAUGUCUGUUGGAUUCUGUCACCAACUCAGGUGCAAAAGUUGAUAUCACAAUAUCAUAUAGCUGAUUAUGAGAAUCCCAUCAGACCAGAAAUUCUAAAGGCAGUAGCAUCGCAUGUAGUAAGCGGCGAUAAAUCCGAUAUUCUACUAUUAGACUCAGUACCUAUCGAAAUCACUACCAACCCCUUCGAGGUUCCUGUGCCAAGAGAUACUAAACCAGAUAUGUACCUACCUUCUUUUGUAAGUUGA